AUGCCAAAGAAGGAAGUAAAAGUUGCUGAAGGAUCAAAGCAAACAGAAACACCAAAAGAGGCUGAGAGCAUCAAAGUACACGCCCAAAAGCCCCAAAAAGAGACCAAGGAUGAGCACUACUCACAAUUCUUGGAAGUCUUUAAGAAGCUGCAAAUUAAUAUUCCUUUUGCUAAGGUUCUAGAGCAAAGGCCUCCCUAUGUUGUACUCAUGAAAGGCUUACUCUUUGAAAAGAAGGCCUUAAAGGAAGAUGAAAUAGUGGUUCUAACUAAGGAGUACAGUACCCUAAUUCAGAGUAAGCUGCCAAGGAAGAUGCCAGAUCCAGGGAGCUUUCAGAUUCCAUGUACUAUUGGGAACAUCACCUUUGACAAAGCCCUGUGUGAUCUUAGCUCAAGUAUCAAUUUAAUGCCAUUGUCUGUAAUGAAGAAGCUGCAAAUCCCAAAGGUACAAGCAACAAGGAUAGCACUGAAGAUGGCGGAUAAAUCUCUGAAACAAGCAUAUGGAAUAGUAGAAAAUAUCUUGGUCAAGGUUGGAAAACUUUUCCUCCUUGCAGAUUUUGUGAUACUUGAUAUGGGAGAGGAUGCAAAUGACUCCAUAAUCCUAGGAAGACCUUUUCUGGCUACUGGUAGAGCUUUAAUUCAUGUAGAGAAAGGUGAACUAGUUCUGAGGAUGCACAACGAUUACUCAAUAUUCAAGGUUUGUAGACCUUCAUUACACUCUGAUGAGAGAGGCACUUGCAUAAGGAGUGAGGUUUCUAAUCCAAGUCUCCAAGGAUCCCUGAUUGAAGCAAGGCAGAGUUCACACUUCAAACCUUCUUUGAUGGGAAUCAAUGUAAUUCUCUCUGACAUCAAACUUAAGUUUGGUGUUAGGAUCUUGUCCCUUGAGCAUGUUGAGCUGAGCCAUGAAAGCAUAGGAAAGAAGCUCAUAGUGAGGGGUGAAGACCUGAGCCCCUAUGACCCUCCUUAG